CUACUCCCACACCCAGUGUGUGUGUGGACAUAAAAGCCUCGUUCUGUUUCUCCCUUAUCUGUCUUAAAAAAAUGGCAGCCGCAGCUACUAUCGCGGUGGACGAGGACCACUUUUGUUGCCCAGUGUGUUUGGAGGUGCUGAGGGAUCCGGUGACUAUUCCCUGUGGCCAUAGUUACUGCAUGGAGUGUAUUAAAGGCUACUGGAAGAAAACCGAGCACAAGACGGGUUACUCCUGCCCUCAGUGUCGUCAAGCCUUUAAUACGAGACCUGUCCUGGCCAGGAACACCAUGCUGGCAGGUCUGGUGGAGAAGCUGAGGGAGAAGCUGAGGGACGCCGGGAUCCAGGAAGCUCCUCAAGCGAUUGAAGUGGAGUGUGACGAGUGUCAAGGGAGAAAGCGCAGAGCUGUGAAGUCGUGCGUGAAGUGCUUGGCCUCCUACUGCGAGGUUCACCUCAAACAGCACAAGACGCACAAACUAACAGACGUAACCAGACAACUGCACAAGAGAGUGUGUAAUCGGCACGGCCGGCUGUUCGAGCUUUACUGCCGGACAGAUCAGCAGCUCGUCUGCCCUCUCUGCGUGACGGACGGACACAGCGGUCAUCACACCGUGCCAGCUGUCGAGGAGAGAACCGAAAAGCAGAGGCAGUUAGAAGAGGCCAUAAGAAGAUCAAAACAAAGGAGCAAGGAGAAAGAGAAGGAGCUGAAGAACAUCAUGAAACACCUCAAGCGCUCAGCACAGGCUGUGGAGGAAGACAGUGAGAAAAUCUGCACUAAGCUGCUGCGCUCCAUCGAGAGGAGACACACCGAGGUGAAGGAGCUGCUCAGAGCCGAAGAGAGAGCCGCACUGGCCCAAGCUGAGGGACUGCUCGAGCAUCUGGACCAACAAACCGAAGAUACCAGGAGGAAAGAAGCCGAGCUGGAGCUGCUCUCACACACUGACGAUCACAUCCACUUCCUGUUGAAGUGCAAACCCCUUUUGGUUCCUGCUGAUCCUGAUGAACUUCCCGGUGUUGACGUCCAUCCGUACUUCUCACUGAUGGUCCUGAGGAGAGCCGUCACGGAGCUGAGAGAGCGAGUGAACGACGUGUGCGACAGGGAGUUAGUCAGGAUCUCCGAUUUAAUUAAAGAUGGGCAGAGUCUAUCAGCUGAAAGCACUUCCCCUGUCCCUGCAGGUCCUGAAAUGGGUACUGAUCCCCAACACACACACCCUGAUCCACGACUUUCUUUAUGUACAUUAACCCAGCGUCUUAUAAGUACUGAUCUAUCUCCCAAAUGCUUUACAGUUUCUCUAUUGAAAAGCGCGGACCAAGCACAAAGCACACACGGAGAGCCGAAGACCAGAGCUGACUUUUUACACUUCUGCUGUGACGUGACAUUGGACCCAAACACUGCCAACUCCUACCUCUGCCUUUCUGAGGGGAACCGGAAGGUCAGCACCUGCUACGACUCUAAGUACUGUCCAGAACAUCUGGACAGAUUCAGCGGCUGGGCUCAGGUCCUGGCUAAGGAGGCCGUCUCAACCCGGUGUUACUGGGAGGUGGAGUGGAGCGGCAGUGGCGGCAUCGGGAUCGGAGUUUCUUACAAAGGGAUCAAUAGGCACGGUGGGAGCGGCGACGGAAAACCGGGCUGCAAUUCCAAAUCAUGGAGUUUGAACCUUUUCGAUGGCCACUGUACAUUUCAGCACAAUAAAACCAAGCUGGAGAUCCCAUCUCCUAUUUCAGCCAGGAUUGGAGUGUUUGUGGACCAUAAAACAGGGGUUCUAGCUUUCUACUGCAUCUCACCAAGAAGGGACACCAUGACCUUGCUGCACAGGACACACACGACGUUCUCGCAGCCUCUGCACCCAGGGUUUUGGCUUGGCCUUGGUUCCACACUCAGACUGUGCCCCAUCCUUAAAUUCUCAGCUUAGAGAAGAAGGAAUCUGCAAAGCAUCUUAUUCUAGCAAGUGGAAUUGUGGUUUCCGGAAUGUUUAUAACCAAAUUUGUGUUCAGAUCUUCAUAAGACACUGGUCUGGUCGGACUGUUCAGUCAGCUAAGCCAGCUAAUGAAUAUUAGCAUGACUGCUUUUUUGAACAGAAUUUUGCAAGAUCUGGCACC